AUGUUCAAAUCUGUCUUCAAAACAGGUAUCCAGGCAAACUACUCCAUCUCGUCCAAUCCCUCCUUUCAUGCUGACCCAUGGUCUGUCUAUCCAGCAAAACACAACUCCACCUCCAACUUGGUGUCUGUCUUUGUCUUUGAUAAGAAGAAGUUUGAGAAAACAUUGAUUUCCUUGAGCUUGGUCGACAAGAAGACGAUCCAAAAAUCAAUUGCCAAAAAGUCCUCCUCUUCUCACUCAAACAACAUCAACUUGUACCUCGAUGGCAUUAACAAAAUCAAAGCCUAUAUAUCAAAUCUAGCUAAAUUCAAACACCCCAAUAUUUUAACAAUAAUUGAACCAAUUGAAGACCAUUCGACAAAGAUCCUAUUUGUCACUGAAUAUCUAACCAAUUCUUUGUCUUCCUAUCUUGACUCAACCAUUUCCACUGUCUCUUCUACUACUACUACUACUACCACUUUAAUCGACAACGAUCAAUUGGCUUUACAAAAGGGUAUACUACAAAUAUCAAACGCUAUAGACUUUCUUCACAAUAACGCACAUAUAAUCCAUCUCUCCAUAGCCCCCAAUUCAAUCUUCAUCAACUCAAAUUUAGACUGGAAAUUGUCAAAUCUAUCCAGUAUUUGCAACCUCGCAGAUAAAAAAUUCAAAAAUACUACUACCACCACUAACGCAAUUGAUUUCUCUUUACCAAUAUACCCAAACCUUUCUAUAGUCCCAAAAUUCAUCUCCUAUGACUUGGAUUACAUAGAUCCUUCUCUACUACUAAACAAUCACCUCAACUACUACAAUGAUAUCUUCUCUCUAGCAUCUCUAAUUUUUUUCAUUUAUAACUACAAUCACAAUUCUUCCACCAACUCUCAAACUUUGCUAAUAAACUCAAACCAAUCUCUAUCACGAUACAAAUCUCAAAUCAACCAGCUCUUUAGCUCUUCUAAUGCUCUAAACUUAAAUUCUCCUCUUCUAAAAAACUUGCCUGCUUCCUUGAAACCAAUCUUCCUAAAUCUAAUCCAAAAAUCCCCUGACGAUAGACCAUCAAUAUCCCAGUUUCUUAACUCAAAAUUCUUCAACAAUAUUCAAAUCAAAUCCCUUAUCUUCUUUGACCAAUUUCUAACAAAAUCAAACAAUGAAAAACUAACCUUUCUAAAUGGCUUUCAAAACAUUCUAUCUCAAUUCUCUCCUUCUUUACUACAAAAAAAGAUACUCCCAAUCUUAACUGACUUUUUUAAAUCGCAAUCUCUAAUCAACUCCGAUAACACUGAAAAUAACGACAACGAUAAUAACCAACUAAUUUCUAUAACUCUAUCUAUAAUCCUAACCAUUUCUCAAAACCUCUCUCAACUAUCAUUCCAUGACAAAUUCGUUACUGACAUCUUCAUAUCAAAUAAUAACUACCUAAAUUUGAUCAACUACAAGAAAAACCCUCACAUAAUUAAAAUCCUAAUCCAAAAUCUACCUCUCCUAAUUCAAAAGAUAUCAAACUCAAACGACCUCAAUAAAUUCUUUCUACUACCAAUCUUAGACAACUCCUUGAUCUUGAAAAAUAACAAUAUCCUAAAGAUCCAAGAAUCACUACUACUCAAUCUAUCCUCUUUCUUAAAUAUCCUAGAUUUCACCACAAUUAAAAACAACUUGUUCGUAAAAUUAUCUUCUAUAUUUUCAAAGACAACCUCUUUAAACAUCAAAAUCUUAUCGAUUAACUCCUUCAAUCUACUAAUUACAAAUAAAUCUAUAGACAAAUUCCUCAUAAAGGAAAACUUAUUUCCUCUUUUAAAACAAAUGAAAACAAGAGAACCAAACGUAUUAAUGGCGCUUAUAAAAAUUUACCAAAACUCCUAUAAACUAUUUGAUCUACAAUCAAUUAUAUCUGAAAUCCUACCCGUAUUAUGGAACCUAUCUUUAGCUAAAACUCUAGAUCUUCACCAAUUUAACAUUUACAUCGAUACUAUAAAGGAAAUCCAGUCAUAUAUAGAAUUAAAACAA